AAAUAUGAUAUCUUUAAAGUAUUCAGGAUACAUUAUCUACAAGAUAUCUCAAAUAUGAAAUGAUAUCUGAUACGUUAAGUCUCAGAUAUAUUUUGCCGCGUGGGUACACGUAUCUUCGUGCAAUUAAGAUGCAAAUUACAGUUCCAUUCAAGUAAAGUUUGUGCAAAAACAUAACUGAAAAAAAUCUGUUCUCUCAUCUGUAGUUCGCCGGAAGCUUCUUUUUUCAGUCAGUUGACGUCAAAAACAUGUUAAUCUUCUUAAAAGGAGAUACAGAUAUCGGGGAUACACCGUCAUCAUUUUAUACGCAUGCUCCACGCAUGCGGUGUCUACCUAUUGUAAACACGUGCAGGCUGAGCAACGAGUCUCGGAUAACGAAGGGAAAGUCCACUGACGAAUUCACUUUCGGGGAAAACUGGGGGGCACGCGGUUAUUGGAUUUGAACUUGAGCGACGAGCUCAGACGGGGGGACCCGAGAACUACGAACGAGAAGGCAUCUGUGAAUACCCUCUAUUUCGUGCCACCGUAAUCGUACGUACGUCUACAUUGUGCCUGACCAUACGCAAGGCAAGAAGCCCCUCUCGUGGGGUACGCACGACCUCCACAGAAGAGGAGAGAAGCCUCCUGCUAUCAUAUAGAGGAGCGACCGGUUGCCACGCCGGUCCAGUCCUCCGUAAAGCGUCCUCCACGUGAAACGUUGGUCCGGCAGUGUGUCGUGUCUUCUUCUGUCACAAAGACGGGAGAAGAGACGCGGCUUCCGUUCGAUGCAGAUGUGCGCGCGUGGCAGUCCGAAUCUCGGUCGUGAUCAGGAGAGUUGAACGCCCGACUACGCGCGUCGCGUGUUCAGCCGCAUAGUGCGGAUUAUUUAUUUCUGCGCGUUAGUGUUCGUCAGUUUCUGCUUGACCCUCGGUGUCUUGAAUCAUUAAUUUAACGCAAUACGAUCGAAUAUGCUAAUCUGGAACGUGUUACUUUUUCUGCUCCAGCUGGUUGUUUAUAACAGUCGAUCGGAAACAAUAAUAACGGCGUACAAUGACUUCGGUCUAUCGCCGAUCGAUCCGAAAAUCGCCGACGUCGUCGACUGGAAGGGCCACGCGUGUCGGCGUACAUGUAAGGAUGAUGCGGCGCCUCUGGACUGCUACUACACCUUCAAACUGGAGGCUUAUUACACAAUGAGCAAGGCCUGUUACAACUGCCCCUUCAAUAUUACAGACUGCUUUCGGUCUCAUUGCGUCCCAGCUGAUGGCAUAAAGCGAUCGCUCAUGGUUGUGAAUCGGCAAAUGCCAGGUCCGUCGAUCGAGGUGUGCCAAGGCGACAGGAUACUAGUUGAUAUGAUCAACUUAUUGCACGCGGAGAGCACGACGAUGCACUGGCACGGUCAGCAUCAUUUUAACACACCGUACAUGGACGGUGUACCCUACGUGUCGCAGUGUCCUAUCCAUCCUGGAAUGAGCUUCCGAUACAAUUACAUCGCCACUGAAGCCGGCACGCACUUCUGGCACUCUCAUUUAGGAUUUCAGAGAGGUGACGGCGUGUUCGGCCCAUUAAUCGUUCGUGUACCCCCUAAAAUGGACUGGCACAGGGAUCUGUAUGACUACGAUGAGUUUACGUUAGUAGUCGCCGAUUGGAUUCACGAGCUGGGUCUCACCAAGUUCCUAGCGCACUAUCACGGAGACGGUAAUAACAAAGCGCCGAACUUACUCGUAAACGGCCUGGGCCGUUUCAUCGCCAUUAAGAAUGAAAAUGAGACGCUGGCCGAUAUGCCUAUCACGACGUUCGUCGUGAAACCGAGUUUUCGAUACAGAUUCAGGCUUAUAAAUGCGGAGUUCCUGAAUUGUCCUAUAGAAGUUUCUGUCGACAACCAUACUUUAUACGUAGUCAGUUCGGACGGACGUGAUAUUGACCCGGUACAAGCUGAAUCGUUGGUGAGUUACGCUGGCGAAAGGUUCGAUUUUAUAAUUGAGAUGGACCAACCGGUGGACAAUUACUGGAUGAGAUUUCGAGGACUGAUGGAUUGCGACGAGAGAUUUUUGAGCGCCUAUCAAGUCGCAAUAUUGCGAUACGAGGGCGCGCCCGAGGAGGAACCGCUGGUAGAAGUUUCAUACAACCGCACAAGAAAUGACUCCUAUGGACUGCAAGUGAACGCUCUGAACGAAGGAACUGAAGCGAAUAACAGCAUCAGCAUGCCACUGUUAAAUGCGAUGGACAACGAUGACGUUUCGAACACUAGAGAACCUGAUUAUCAAUUUUACAUAUCCUACGAUUUUUACGGGAAGGACAAUCCAUACAUUCACCGCAAGGAUUUGUAUGGCUUCCAUCAAGUGAAACACCAAGUGUACACGCCGCAAUUGAACCACAUAACAUUUAAGCUACCGUCGUUUCCACUCCUACCCGGAAGACACCUUAUUGAGCCGGAUCAGUUUUGCAAUUCCAGCACGGUUAAGGGAUGCGAGAAGGAAUAUUGCGCUUGCACGCACGUGCUUCAGGUUAAAACCAACAGCGUAGUGGAACUGGUUCUGGUUGAUGAAGGUUUUACGUACGACGCAAAUCAUCCGUUUCACCUUCACGGCUAUCAGUUCCGCGUGGUGGCUAUGGAGAGGGUAGGACGUAACAUUACCGCCGCUAAAGUAAGAGAACUAGAUCGGCAAGGUUUGAUACACAGAAAGCUCAAACGGGCACCUCUGAAGGAUACGGUAACCGUGCCCGACGGUGGUUACACUAUUGUACGAUUUCAUGCCGAUAAUCCAGGAUACUGGCUGUUCCACUGCCACAUCGAGUUUCACGCGGAGAUAGGAAUGUCGCUGGUCUUCAAGGUGGGCGAGGACGACGAGAUGCCGCCUGUUCCUGAUAAUUUUCCUAAAUGCGGUGACUGGCAAUCGACGGAUGGUGAGAAUGAGGACAGUGUGGUGAUAGGCAGAACCAUGCGAAACCAACCUCAGACAGUAGACAUUUUUUAAAUAUACUUUACGAUCAUAUUGCGUAUUUAUCUCCGACGAGCGAGCGAGCGUUAAUGAGUGACUUACAUUUCUGUGAUAUAAAAAUAGAUUACAAUUAUGCUAUAACGGCGAGAUUGCCAGCUACGCUAUCCGAUAAUGUAUACGCAGUGUUUUAAUUUAACUUUUAUUAAUUUCAAUGACGAAUCGAUUUUACUUGCAUAACGGAAUCGAUGCAGCCUUGGCGAGGAAAAUGUCGGGCGACAAUAAUACAACAUUCGAUUCAGGAAAGAACUUGCGAACUAAGCUUUAGAGGGAAGAAAUAGAUACCGAAAUUAGCUUUAGCUAGAUGAUUUUUUUUAACAGAAUUAGAAACUCUACUUAUAAAAAUAUAUGUAUAAUGUUGAUGCCGCUGUGCACUUUCUUUGAAGAGAAGUUGAUCAAACUUCUACAUUAAUAGACCAAAGAAUCUGUUAUUAAAAUAUAAUCCAAUAAAAAAAAACAGGACCAUCUUGACACAUACAUUACUGCAAUUACAACCAUAUUGUACAUAUUGCAUUUACUCUAAUCAAUAGAUUCAUAAGCGCGUUAUCUGCUGUAUGAGUGUUUCUUUACUUUAGAUAUGUGUAUGUGUACUUUUACUAAGAAAUUUGUAUCAUUAUCUUAAAUAUAGGACAUCCUUGAAGCUCACUUCACGAAAAA